AUGCGUUUACGUUUUCUUAAUCUCUCAUACAACAAUAUCUCUGGACAACUUCCAGAAUGCUUGACACAUAGCAAUCUCGUGAUGCUUGAUUUGAGUUCCAAUGCUCUUUCAGGAAAAAUUCCUACCACGAUAGACUCCUUGUUUGGGAUCGAAACAUUUGAAUUAAGAAGCAAUGAGUUUGUGGGAGAGUUGGCUUUAUCCUUGAAGAAUUGCAGGAGUUUAAUGGUCCUUGAUCUUGCAGAUAACCAGUUGUCGGGAUCAAUACCUAAAUGGCUGUGGGCUAGCUUUCGGAACUUGGUUAUCCUAAUGCUUUCCUCUAAUCACUUCAAUGGAAGCUUGCCCUCGCAACUAUGUGAUCUAAUAUACAUUCAAAUUUUGGAUGUCUCUGUGAACAACAUAUCUGGAGGAAUACCGAAUUGCCUAAAAAAGUUGACCACUCUGGCUCAGAAAGGAAAUUCAUUUCUAACCGUCCAACAUGCUUACUCGAGAAUUGCUGAUCAACCAUCAUCCUGGGAGGAUCUUUACGAGGACGAUGAAAUCUUCAUAUGGAAAGGAAGCAUGCGGGUUUACAGGAAUACUUUGGGGCUUGUGAGAAGUAUUGAUUUCUCAAGCAAUAGAUUGACUGGGGAGAUUCCGAGCGAAAUCAGUCGUCUUGUUGGCUUGGUUUCUUUAAACCUUUCUAGAAACCAACUUACAGGUCAAAUUACUCCAGACAUUGGAAAAUUGGAGUCCUUGGAUUCACUCGAUUUGUCGAGAAAUCAUAUAGACGGAAGAAUUCCAACAAGCCUUGCUCGGAUAAGUCGUCUUGCUCUGUGGACCUCCACUUCAAAAUCUGUGUGA